CGGGGCACAAAGUCUGCAUUCAUCGAUGCCACCCUCUGAAUUUGGCGUUCGAUUAAACAUCAAGGCAAGUAGCUGACAUGGCAACAGGGGGCACCUCUUUUGAUGAUUCCGAGGAACAGGAACUGCACAACUGGACUAUAACCAAUGGCAGUCUGGAGGACAGGCUUAAUAAUACGGACUGGGGCGUGCAACGGAAGAAGGCCAAUCGCUCCUCUGAGAAGAACAAGAAAAAGUUCUCUUCUGCGGUGGCAGAGAGCCGACUGACGAAUGACAUUUCCCCAGAAUCCAGCCCGGGGGCUGGUCGCAGGAGAGCGCGCACUCCUCACUCCUUUCCCCAUGUGAAGUAUUCCACGCAGAUGUCCGUCCCUGACCAGGCUGAGCUGGAAAAGUUGCGUCAGAGGAUUAAUUUCAUGGACAUGGAUGAGAGAAGCAUUGGUAGUGACUCCCAGGGACGUGUCACAGCUGCCAACAACCAGCGACAGAUAGGUGGAGAGAACAAGAAGCCCUUUAACUUCCUACCCCUGCAUGUAAACACUAACAAAAGCAAGGACCUGGUCAUCCCUUCCUCAUCUGCCCCAGUGACUCCUGCUAGCUCCAAGGAAUCUAAGAAACAAAGCCCAGGGCUCAGGGACACACUGAGUGCAGUCUUUCCUAGCAAUGACACUCUGGGGCUAGGUUGUGGCAGCAUCGAGAGAGGGCCAUCUGCACACAGAGACUAUGGGAGAGGAGAGCCUAUCAUUGACAGCAGCCAGGUGGUGAGCAAGCUGGUUCAGAUCCGGGAAUACAUUGGCAAGGCCAGCUCCAUGAGGGAUGACCUGGUGGAAAAGAAUGAUGUGCCGGCAAACGUGGAACGUCUCUCCCAUCUUAUCAACCACCUCAAGGAGCAGGAGAAAUCCUACUUGCGUUUCCUGCAGAAAAUGCUGGCACGGGAGAAUGAGGAAGAUGACGUGGGCACUCUGGACUCAGCAGUUGGUUCAGGCUCCAUUGCAGAGAGCACUACUCUCAACAUUGAUGUGCGUUCUUCAGACACCUCUAAUGCCACAGGCAAUGGGCAAGGGGCAACAAGAGGUGACCAGAAAGAGGAGUUGGAGAACUUGCGUAAGCAGCAUGAUCUGCUGAAGAAGAUGCUUGAGCAGCAGGAUCAACUGAGGGCACUGCAAGGGCGGCAGGCGGCACUGCUGGCUAUGCAGCAAAGUGCAGAACAGUCUCUUGCUGUCAUGGAUGACACGGUUAUUACAGAAACAACAGGCAGUGUGUCUGGCCUGAGUAUUACCUCAGAGCUGAACGACGAGUUGAAUGACUUGAUCCAAAGGUUCCACAACCAGCUACAUGACUCUCAGACUAAAGCGGUCCCUGACAACCGACGUCAAGCAGAGAGCCUGUCUCUCUCCAGAGAGGUGUGCAGGUCCAGGGUACCCCAAGCAGUUGGUCCUCCUCAACACAGGCCUCUCCUCCACUCUGCCUCUGGCCCUCACACAGGCCUUGUCAAAGGGGCCGCCGCUGCUAACGCCAAGCUCACGAAGCUUCAAGAGCUGCAAGACAAGAAACAGACUAUGGACAAGAUCCUGCAGGAGUUACACUCACUCAGAGACCAGACCCUCAAUAACAACUCCAGUCGUGGCAUGUCUGCCCAGCCCAGUCUGAGUUUGGUUGGCUCUGCAGAGGGUCCCUCUGCCUCUGCAUCCUUUAACCACUCGCUCCUCCAGCAUCAGGAUAGCUCCAACUCCACAGACAAACUUUGGAAGCUGAAAGAAGUCCACAAGCGUCUGAAUGAGUUGCGUGAGCUGGUGCAGUACUAUGAACAGACUUCUGACAUGAUGGUUGACACAGUCAAUGAGAAUGUAAAGGACGAUGAUGAGGAGGAGGAAGAGGAGACAGAAGACGGUUCUAUUUUUGAGACAAUGUUUGACUCCGAUCAGGAGAACCGCCAGCCGAUCACCAACAUCAGAAACCCGCAGCAUAGUGGGAACUGGACAGACUUGAACAGCCUGACCAACAGCCGAGGUGGUAGGAGUGGUGGCGCAAACAACCGUGACGGUAGACUUAACACCGAGUGUGAGAUCAACAACCGCUCAGCAGCUAACAUCCGCAGCCUCAACAUCCCUUCAGCCAUAGAGUGCCAGUAUAAUCGGGACACCCCCUACAAUCAAGGGAAGGAUGACAAUGACGAUGGUGAUGAGGAUGGUCUUGAGAAUGAAGAUGGAGCCCAGGCUUUGGGUCCAGAAAGUGAGGUGUCGGGAUCUAGUCGGAGGAGUAGCCUUGAAGAUGAAGCAGAAUAUGCCCAGAAGGUUCAUCGGCUGCAGACGGCAAAGCAGAAACUACGGCAGCUGCAGGAGCUAGUGGCAAUGGUGCAGAGUGAUGACACAGAUGGCACCACUGCUAAUGAAGAUGAGGGGCUGCAUAAGCAGCCCAACAACACCAGAGCUACUGUAAUAAGGCCGCUGCGAGCAGGAGUCAACAAGAAUCCCAGAGAGCUCACGCAUUCUGAUAAGGCCAGGGAGCGGCUGUAUGAGGAAAAGCUGCAUCACCAACAGCAGGAGUUGAAGCAGCUCCACGAAGAGCGCCAUAGGCUAAGGGAGAUCCAGGGCAAGAUUCAGGACCUGCAGUGGGCCUGCCCUGACCUCCAGUCAUCUGUGUCCAGCACUAUGAGUCAGCAGGGCCUGCUCAGGAAACUUCCCGCAGCAGCGUCCACCCCGGCCCCAGCCCCUGCCCCAAAACUUUCCUUCUCUGGGCCCAAAAGCAACUCUACUGUACUCAAGCCUACUGCUCCAGAAGCAGCUAAUGCAUCAGUUACUGACAAUGAGGAUUCUGAUUGUGAUGAUUCCCUGCAGCUGUGGUCAGAGAUGCAUCGCCACCAGGUUCUGCGGGAGGAAUUACGCCAACGCAGGAAGCACCUGGAGUCCUUGAUGGCUGAACACCAGAGGCGGAGCGGACUCGGUGACUCUCCCUAUAGGACUGAAGACCCUGAAGAUCAUGCUUCUGUCUCACAGAGAGAUGAAAGGACAAUGGCCACCUGGGGUGAUUCUACUACCUGCCACAUAGAUGAUGACGAAGAUGUUUACUGCUCAGAGGUGGGCGUUGAGGAGGAUGAAGAACAGGAAGGUGGUGCAGAGAGCAGCUCUAGCGAUGACAUCCACAUCUACUCAUCCAGCAGGAACCAGCACUCCAACAGCAACAGGAAGAAUCAGGGAAGUAACCUGAAGCCUCAACCAGCCUUCUCAGCUAAAAGCGGCAGACAACCAUCUUUUCACUCCAAGGGGAGGGCUAAACAGAAGCAGCAGACCAGGACUCUGGGCCAGUGUGAUACCCAGUCUGGAGGCACAAGGCGUCAGGAGAACCUGCGCUGGGCUUCCGAGCUCUCCUUCUCAGAGGGCUGUAACCACUGGCAGGAGCAGGUCAACCAGCUGCAGAGGCAGCUUGACUUCAGCACCAGCAUGUGUCAGACAUUACUGCAAGACCAGCAGACACUGUCAUAUAUGCUGCAGACCCUGCUGACAGGGCAGUACAAUGUGUUACCCAAUAACCUGUCAUCACCCCAGGCCCACCUGGUCAUGCAUCAGCUCAACCAGUGUUACACCCAGCUUGCCUGGCAACAGAACAAUGUGCAAAGACUAAAGCAAGUCCUGAAUGAGCUCCUCCGCCAUCAGCAGCAGCAGCCCUCCUCAUCUUCAGCAGGCUUUACCUUCCAUCCUUUGUUUCCCCCUGCCAUGGGUGAAUUCCCUCAGGGUUCAGCAGCACAGGCUAGCCCUGACCAGUACCAGCAGCUAGAUCCAAACACAUCUGUUAAGACGGAGUACAUGAGCUUCCCUCCUCCUCUGCAAUGUUCUCCUCUCAACUUGGCAACAGAAAGCCGGCCUGCUGGCUGGAUAAACGCCUCGUCCCACACAAAUAAUACCAGUCAGCACAACCAUCCAGGCAGUGACCAUCCAGCCAAUAACCAGGAGUCUCCACCUUCAUCCCCUGCCCUGGCCCACCGCCACUCGCGAACACAGGACUUUGAUCAUGGUUCUCAAGAAAGCUUCAGCAGUAUACCUGAUCCAGCAGACCCCACCACUGUCACAAAGACUUUCAGGGCCGGCCGCAAGGCCAGUGCCCAGGCCAGUUUGGCCUCACGAGAUAAGACACCAAUUUCUAAAAGCCGUCGCAGGAGGAGCAAGGGGCACAACAAGAAAACUGGAGGUCAGGAGACUGACAGUGCGAGCAGUACUACAGAGUUUGCCCAGGAGAGGGCAGCCCAGCCACGUCAGAAGGAUCAGAACCAGAGUCUGCUGGACAAGCUGACUCAGGAAAAACUGGACAGUAAAACCAAACCUGGCAACAGGCCCAACGACCUCUCCUCUGCCUAUGCUUGGAGAACACCCUUCCUCUCUAACAGAAUUGCAUGCACUGAAGCACCAGAUGCAAGCAGUGACUUCUCACUGUUUGAAGCACUGAGGGAGACCAUUUAUUCUGAGGUGGCCACUCUGAUCUCCCAGAAUGAGUCCCGACCCCACUUCCUCAUUGAGCUGUUCCAUGAGCUGCAGCUGCUCAAUACAGACUACUUGCGCCAGCGGGCACUCUAUUCCCUACAGGACAUAGUGACAAGGUACUUGGCAGAGAAGAGUGCAGCUGAGGAUCAGACACCCUCACUGGGUCCAGUGGCAUGGGCUGCAGGCUCCCAGUCUGAGCUUACGCCCAGUGAGAGUCUUGCCACCAGUGAUGCAGUCUCAGAGAAGAACUUGAAACCGAAGCAGGACUCCAUGAAGAGGAGGAAUGAUGGAGACUCAAUGGACAACGAAAGCACCAUGUCAACCUCCUCUAACCUGGAACCUUUCGCUAAUGAUGACUUGGGAAACACAGUGAUUCAUUUAGACAAAGCUCUGGCCAGGAUGAGGGAGUAUGAGCGCAUGAAACUUAAAGCUGAGUUUUACCACUGCAGUUCUAAAACUGCAGCUGCAGAUUGCUCUGACGUCUGUAACACUGAACCCUCUUCUACUUGCACUGCCCCUUCACCAGAAGGAGCAGCAGGUGCAACUGGGGAUGUACGAUGCCCCCAGAUUGACACUCAACAGUUGGAUCGACAGAUCAAAGCCAUCAUGACUGAGGUCAUCCCUUUCCUCAAGGAGCAUAUGGACGAGGUGUGUUCUUACCAGCUGCUAACAUCUGUGCGGCGAAUGGUCCUUACCCUGACUCAGCAGAACGAUGAAAGCAAGGAAUUUGUUCAAUUUUUCCACAGACAGCUAGGCGGUAUACUGCAGGACUCUCUGAGUAAAUUUGCAGGACGCACUCUGAAGGACUGUGGAGAGGACCUUCUAGUGGAGAUCUCAGAGAUCCUCUUUAAUGAGCUGGCCUUUUUCAGGCUCAUGCAAGACUUGGAUAAUAGCACCGCUGCCAUGGGAGCCAAGAACAAGAAGAGGGCUGAGCAGCCCAACAACAUCAAGCAUAGACCAAAGGAAAGUAAAAUGGCUGAGGAUGAGAAAUCCUUUUCUCCGGCAUUCUUGGAUGAAGACAAGGACCAAGAUGAGACUGAGCAAAAUGGUGAUUCUGUACCACAGGAAUCUUACCUGCAGACAGAGGUGAAGGACGGCAGGAGCAGUGAAGCCUCAGAGGAGGAAGAUGGAGAUGGAAUACCUCUUUCUAUCAGUCUUUCCAAAGCAGAGACCCAGGCCCUGACCAACUAUGGCAGUGGGGAGGAUGAGAAUGAGGUGGAAGAAAUUGAGGAAUUUGAGGCUGGGCCUAUAGAUGUUCAGACCUCUCUUCAAGCUAGUGCUGAUGGACUAGUGGAUCAGCAGGGUGCAUUACCCAAUGAAAGACCUAUGGCAAAAGCUGAACAGAAAUGUUUUGAGACCAAAGAUGUGAAAAACAACAUCUCAGAGGGUGAAUCUUCCGAAGCUGUGUACUCAGCAGUGGAUGAAUGUGACCUGGUGGUACAAGGAGGUCCAGCGAAGGAGAGUGACGAGGGGGCAGUCGGUAUCUUGGAUGUCAGCACCGCAGAAGUCAGCGCCACAGUGUCUUGUGGUCAAGAAGUCUCUAAGCUUUCAACCACCACCAGUAGCCCUGACACAGACUCGCCCAUUAUGAUAAAUGUAGACGAGAUGGGCUCAGGUAACACCAGCCAGAAGUCUGAUGAGGAGGACUUUGUCAAGGUGGAGGACCUGCCAUUGCAGCUUACAGUGAUGUGUGAGGAGGAGCUUCAGAAGAGGAUAGUGGAGGAGCAGCAGAACAACAACCUGUCUGCAGAGAUCCUCAAUGGGAACACCGAGUCACUCGCAGGGCUGGUGGGAAACGCACAGGCACUUAAAGAACCAGAAACUGUUGGUGCACAGAGUGCAUAAAGAAUUGUACCGGUGUGUGGAUAACCAGUAGUUGUUGCAACACUAAACUCGAAUCCCAAACCUGGUCUUGAAGAAUGGUUUAGUUUUCAUCUCCUAAGCAUACCGAGGAGC